AUGAAUUUUGUUCAACAAACGGGUGUGGAAAAUGAAUUUUUAGUAUUAAGCACAAGUCAAAAUAACCUUUUUUAUAUUGUGAAUAGUGAGAUCGGAACAUGCACAUGUCCUAUGGGUAUGAACGGUGCACCUUGCAAACAUCAAGGUGCAGUUGCGAUGAAGUUUCAUGUUCGAAUAUUAAAUUUUCUGCCAUCAUUAAUACCCAGCGACCGUAUGAUCUUCACUUAUAUUGCGCUUGGUCAAGUUACAAAGGAUAGUUCUUUUUACGCCUCAUUGCGUGUGGAAUCUAUUUCACAAGAAUAUUCACAGGAGACAAGACCGUCUAAUGAACGUUUAUUGAAACCUUUAGACAAUGAACAGAGCGAGUCAGAUCAAACAAACGAAGUAAUCAACGAUACUAUAA